AUGACAGCACUUCCUGGAGAAACGUACCGCCUCGCUUUUCCCACUCUGCCUGACAUUGAGAACCCACCAUGGGUCUCAUACGGAAGAUCGCAUCAUGAAGCUUGCGCCCAUCAUGUCAAGAAUACUUACAACGCAAAGAGAGCGUACAUCAUUGCCUCGGGCUCUCUGUCAAGGAAUACCGACGAAGUCGAGAAGCUGAAGAUUGCGCUGGGCGACAGACUAGCUGGGGUCUACCCUGGCUUCAAACCGCAUACUCCCUGGGACGAAGUUCUGGAAGCGUCAAAGGAUGCGAAAGAGAAGGGUGCCGACUGCAUGAUCACCAUUGGAGGUGGCAGUCUGGUCGACGGUGCAAAAGCUAUGCUCCUGUUCAUGGCAAACAACACAACCACAAUCCCAGAGAUCUACGACAUGCAUAAGAUAGCGCCAGCGGCGUUGAACAAGAUGGGCACUUUAGCCAAGGACAUCGACAUCGUAUCUCCCACAAUGCCUCUUAUCUGCAUCCCGACAACCCUCUCAGGCGGCGAAUACUCCUGCUACGGCGGUGGCACGCAUCCCGAGACCCACCAUAAGCUCGUCCUGGGCCAUCCUUUCAUGGGCCCAAGACUAAUCAUCAACGACCCCAAGCUCAGCAUCACAGCCCCCGAAUGGGUUUGGCUGUCCACCGGUGUCCGUGCCAUCGAUCAUUGUGUCGAAUCAUAUUGCCGGAUGUUCAAAGAGGACGAUACAGAUGCUGACGAGGCAACACUUGAGGCGUUCAAGAAGAUUGUGCCAAAUCUACUCAUCACCAAGAAGGACUGGACGAAUGAAGAGGCCAGACUGAACACGAUGCUCGGGGUUAAUUUGGUCCUGAUCAUUCUGAGAAAGGCCAUAAUGCCCGGAGCAUCGCAUGGCAUCGGACAUCAGCUUGGACCUCUCGGGGUUGGCCACGGCCAGACAUCCUGCAUCCUGCUACCGAGCGUGAUGAAGUAUAACGCCAAGGUCAACGGUGCCAAGCAAGAGAAGCUCAAGGCCUUCAUGUGGAACGAGCCCGCAGUCGCCAAAGUCCUCGAAAGUAGAGGCCUGUGGAAAGAGAGCAGUGAUGCUGGCGAUGCUCUCGAUGCCAUCUUCCGCGAGCUGGGCAUGCCUCGUACCCUGAAAGAGGUGAAUGUGGGACGGGACAAGUUUGACGCCUUGGCGGUGAAUAGCUUGACAGAUCCUUGUUGUCAUGUCAAUCCGAUCCCGAUGGAGCGAAAAGAGCAGGUGUUGGAGAUUCUGGAGAUGUGUGCUGGUUAG